AGAUCUCUUCACACCGAACAGGCUGUGAACAGCUUCCUCGACGGCUCUCGUUUGUACAAAAUUUUACUUAAUUAACGAAAAUAAACCCGAGUUUAUUUUCGUUAAUUAAGUAACGAAAAUAAAUUAAGAUUUGAAUUACUAAAAUUUUGUGCAAACGAGAGUUCCUGGAUAAAAAGGGACCAACCAUGAAAAGCUUGACUUAUUUUCUUCUUCUAACCUUCAUUAUUCAGUCGUCUUCAGCAGCCACACACUCUCUGCGGUAUUUCUACACUGCAGUAACUUCAGGAAUAAACUUCCCAGAAUUCACUGUGGUUGGUCAGGUGGAUGGACAGCAGAUUGUGUACUAUGACAGUGACGACCGGAAGAUGACCCCAAAGACAGACUGGAUAAAGAAGGUUGCUGAUUAUGAUCCAGAUUAUUGGGACAGACAGACACAGGGCGCACAGGGUGACCAGGAGGUCUUCAAAGUCAAUGUGCAGACAGCAAUGCAGCGCUUCAACCAGACUAAAGGAGUUCAUACAGUGCAGUGGAUGUACGGUUGUGAGCUGGAUGAUGAUGGAACUAAGAGAGGAUAUGAUCAGUACGGUUAUGAUGGAUUAGAUUUCAUCAGUCUGGAUCUGAACACUGUAACCUGGACUGCACCGACGUUUCAAGCUGUCAUCAGCAAACAGAAGUUGGAGAAAGUCGGGGAAGCUAAAUACGUGAAGAACUACCUGGAGAAUGGGUGUAUUGAGUGGUUAGAGAAGUAUUUGGGAUACAGAGCUGUUCUGGAGAGGAAAGUUUCUCCUGAUGUGUCUCUGUUCCAGAAGGACUCUUCUUCUCCAGUGGUGUGUCACGCUACAGGGUUCUUCCCCAAAGCAGUGAUGAUCUCCUGGCAGAAGAACGGAGAGGAACUGAAUGAGGACGUGGAUCUCAGAGAGACGCUGCCCAACCAGGAUGGAACCUUCCAGAAGAGAAGCAUUCUGAACGUCUCACCUGAGGAGCUGAAGAACAACAAGUACACCUGUGUAGUUCAGCACAGCAGCCUGGAGAAGGAGCUGGUCAGAAAGUUUGAGCCAGCUGGAGGUAUGGGUGUGAUCGUUGGGGCAGUGGUGGCUGUUCUCCUGCUCGUCCUUGUCGCUGUCGGUGUUGGAGUUGUUGUUUGGAAGAAGAAGAAGUCUGGCUUCAAAUUUGUUCCAGUCAACCCCAAUGGAUCCACUGAUGGAGAGAAUUCAUCCACCAACUCCUAGAGAUCCUGUAUCUUCAGCUGAUUGGAGAGAGAGGUGGAGCGAGGAGGACGUGAGUGAUGGUGUGGAUAUGAGGAGAUCAGUUAAAUAGCGCUUCAUUUACAUAAACAUCUGCAGAUAUUUCUGUUUCUCAGUAAACACUUCAGUAUGAUCAAUAUUAUUACAAUCCUAAUCAAAUCUGUCAUAUUUGGGGAAUUUCAGAGGGAAUAUCUCUGUACUAGAUAGAUACUUCAGUAAAACUGGGUUUUGUUUUUUUUAUAUUUGAGUGAGUUUUAUUUCUGGUGCUCUGUUGAGCUCCACUUACUUAAAUCUGUUCUAUUGAUUUUGUAACUUUGAGUCAUGAUGUCAUACUGAGGUUUUUAAUUGUUAUUCUAAACUUUCAAUCAUAUAAUAACCAUAAUAAGAUGUAAAUAUUUUUUUCUUGAGUGGUGACUGCAAGAUUAUUGUAGGAUUAAAGUGGCCCAAAUCCAAUCUUUUUCCAAAAGUAUUCACUCACCCAUCAAAAUCACUGAACUCUACAGUCCACAGGUGUUUAAUAAAAGCAGCAGCUAGGCAUGCUGGGACUUUUUCUGCAAACAUUAGUAAAAGAACGGGUCUCAGGCUCUUAGGAACUCAGUGAACUCCAGCACUGUGGUACCGUGAUAGGAUGUAGAAACAAAUGAAAACAAACAGCUUAAAAAUAAAGUUCAUAAAAAUGAAAGACACACUAAAAAAGUGAACACGGCCAAAUAACAUGCCCUUUUUUCACUGAACUGGAACCUGUUCUCAGUGUGAGUUCAGCUACAGACACUGGAACUAUUAGAUAGCUCCUGUGAUGCUGGAGAAGAUGAAACCAAAACUUAGCGUGAAGCGCUUCUCUUUAGUGCCUGAGAAUCAGUUUAGGGGAGUGAACUGUUGAGACCAAUGUUAGAUAUAGAUCACAUUAAAAAGACAGAUCAGAUUUGGUGAGAAACAGAUUAGGGCCACUUUAGCCUUUUGUGUGAACAUUGCCUUUGUAAAUUUUAAAGGUCUCAUUCCAUAAUUUUUUCAUUCAUUUUAAAAUGUCUGGUUGCGGUCUCUAAUAUGAAUGAAUGUUAUGUGAGCCGUUUUUUGUGAAAAAAGUGCUCAGGUGUUUCAAUUCAGCCCUGCUUUAGAUCACUGAAUUAAUGGUCUCUGAAGAAAGACAAGUUUUGGGCUCUUGCUCAAACAUAUCGCCUCUGAUUGGCUAACAGCACUGCAGCAGAGAAUGCGACCUGCCUUCCCCCCAAAGUCAAUUUUACAGCUCUAAAACUCAAAGGACAGAAUGUUUUCAGAGAUACAGCCUUAGUUGUAAAGAUACAGCACUGAGUGCUAGGUAAUGUUAACCCUUAAACUUCGCUUAACGCCAGACUCUCAGCGCCGCAAGGCGAGUGGCCCCGCAGCUGAAAGAAAUGUUAUGAAUUCCACGGGCCGAGCGUAGGCAGCUCGCCCCAGCAGCCCCCUCCCCGCCGCCAUGCAGAUCAUUGCUUUUCUAAUUAUUGCUGUUAUAAAAUAAUAUUCCAGCAGUUCAGACACUGCAGCUUUACCCAACUGCAGAAAUACUUAGUAUGAGGGAGAUUCAGAACCAGGGCUAUAUCAUAUAAAAUAAAGCUUCCAGAUUCCAGGAUGACUGUAUCAAACUCAGUGUUUUGUUUUAUUUAAAGCUGGAUUUAUAGAUAACUACAUAUAAUCACAAAUGGACAGCCGUUUCCUUUCUUUAAUAUUUUUGCACUUCGUUCAAUCAUGGAUGACAUGUUUGAGUGCUUUGGAUGUAACAGAUUCAUAUUUGUUUAACAGAUUUAUUUUUAACAGAUUUCAUAUAAAAAACUAUGAGUGAAAAUUGUAAUCCUCAGCCAGCACUGUAAAUUAUAUAUUCAGAGUAAAAUCUGAAUAAACUACAAACAAUAUUUUGAGUGUAAUAGUUAUUUAUUUCUGUGUAAUAACUAUUUAGGUAUGUGCUUUUUUUUAGGGGUUCCUAAAAGUUUUUUAUCACUCAAACCCACAAACUACUAAUCUAACCAGCACAGCACCAUCCAUCUAUUAUUAAACACAAAUCCACAAAGCAUCAUAAAAGAGGAAAAUCAGUGUUUGGUGAAAUCAAUGGACUCCAGACUUCAGGCAUUCACUCUUAACAAAGUAUUACAAAUUAUAACUUUAAUUAUGGUAAAGUUCAUUUGUCCUAUUACAGGGAGCCCCUGAAAUAAGGAGGAUUUAUACAAAAAUGGUUGUAAUUCCUAAAUUGUUUCUAAAAGUCUAAAUUAAAAGUCUACACUUCCA